AUGAAGGUCACCAAUCAGGACCAAUCGCGCUCAAAGAAACUCUCCCAGAUUUUGCAUCCGAUGACUUCUACACCCCCUGGUCAAGGUGGUGCUUUGCAGACAGAACAACAAUACUUGAUCAGGAGAAGCCAGUACUCCCCAGCUCUUACUACCCGUAGUGCCCUUCUAUUCGAUUUCUUGCGCACAACAUUUCUUCCGCAGCUCAUCCGACCAGCUGCAACAUGUCGCCUGAUCGAGUUAUUUAGCCGGGAGUCACUGGUCAUGGCAACCCAAGUUCCUGCCUGCAUGCAUGCAUUGCUUGCAUGUUCUGGCGCCGAGAUUCCCGCCCAAUCGGCGGAUAUCCAAGAAAUGACUCAAUAUCAUUACGCCAAAGCGGUGGCUGGAUUACGCAAGAGCUUGGAAAAGCAAGGAUCGGCCAAGGGAUGGUUGGUGACCAUGCAUACCGUCCUGAUGCUAUGCAUAUAUGAGGUCAGUCCACGACAGGUAUUGAUUUGCAAGCGAUCGACCUACUUACUAGCAAGCAGAGAUCUAAACCUCGUGGCCCUGUAA